AUGGCGCCAUCUAGUGGUCGUUGGGGCCGUAUGUUUCGUAACACUUAACACCAAGUCUUUUGUAACUAUAAACAGAAGAUUGUGAGCGUCUUACAUGAGCAGUGAGGUGUAGCUCUGGCUGUAGCAACAGAUAACAAAAUUGAGAAGUUACAGUCAGUCUUUACUGCAGAAUGUCGUCUGUUCCUAAAGUGAAGCUCUCCGGAGGUCUGGAAAUCUGCCGGGUCCUGAACGGGAUGUGGCAGGUGUCUGGAGCUCAUGGGGCUGUGAACAAAACCAAAGCAGUUGAGGCCAUGCAGGCCUACGUUGAUGCUGGACUGACCACCUUCGACAUGGCGGAUAUCUACGGUCCUGCAGAGGAAAUAUAUGGACUGUUCAAUAGCCAGCUUAACUCAGAAGGAGCGUCUCCAGCUCUGCAGGGUCUGACCAAAUUUGUUCCCCGACCAGGACCGAUGGAGCGGAAGGUGGUGGAGAAGGCGCUGCAGCGCUCCAUGAGCCGAAUGAAGGUGGACACCCUGGACUGUGUUCAGUUUCACUGGUGGGACUACAGAGACAAGAGAUACCUGGAAGCCCUGGGACACCUGUCAGACCUACAGCAGGAGGGAGUCAUACGUGAGCUCGCCCUCACUAACUUUGACACACAGAGACUGGAGGAGAUCACUAGCAAAGGCAUCUGCAUCUCCAGCAACCAGGUUCAGUACUCGCUGAUAGAUCAGCGGCCUGCAGCCAAGAUGGAGAAGUUCUGCGUUGCCAACAACAUAAAGCUCCUCACAUAUGGAACGCUGGCGGGCGGCCUGCUCUCUGAGCGUUACUUGGGGAAGGCGGAGCCCAACUCUCGGGCAGAGCUCAACACGGCCUCUCUCUCCAAGUACAAGAACAUGAUCGACUCUUGGGGAGGAUGGACUCUCUUCCAGGACCUCCUUGUCGUCUUGGAGACCAUUGCUAAAAGACAUGAAUGUUCAGUGGCCAGCGUAGCAACCCGUUACGUGCUUGACCGCCCUGCUGUAGGCGGAGUCAUCAUCGGAUGUCGUUUCGGUGUCGCGGGGGCGGGGCAGUACAUCUCUGACAGCCUGCACAGCUGCAGCCCCGACCUGAGGCUGACGGCGGAGGACCACGCAGCCAUCGAAGCCGUCACACGGCGCUCCAGGGACCUGAUGGCGCUCAUUGGAGACUGUGGGGAUGAGUACAGGAGCUGAGGGGGAGGGGCGGGUUGACAGACUGGACCUGACAGUUCAGUUAGGAAGAGGAGGGGAAAAUAUAACAAGCUCUCAGGGAUGAUACUCAUUUAAGAUAGAUUUUGUUAUUUUCAUUUUUUUAAGAAGGACGUGGUUCAAAUUUAAACAUUUGUUCUGCGUGUUUUCUGUCUUUUUCUUUGCCUCCAAUGUAUAUCUUAAGCCAUUUCUCGUUUACAUAAAGGUCUCUGUAACCAAGGUCUCUGAAGAUGCUGAAUAAUUUAAAUAUUUUCCAUUUGAUGUCUGCAUAAUGUACCUGCUUUUAAAAGUCUAGAAUGAGUCUAAAGCUGUGGUGCUGUUCUAGAAAAAUGCUGUAUAUGAACAUAAAUUGCAUUAACCAAUGAACUUAUUAUGAGAAGCAAUAAAACAACAUGGACCACUGA